GCGCAGCAUAUAAGACAUCAGAUUCCUAAUUCUAUUUAUCACUUAUAUUGAUAUUUGUUUGAAUUUAUCCAAUUAUAAAUUAAGUAUUGCCCCUUCAAUCCUUUCAAUGGUUAUUGUCAAAAUACAUCCCUUACCCGCAUAUACUAACGACAUGUCCGACCCUCAGACUCCAGAGGAUGUGCGUGAAGAAAUGAAUAACAGACUGCUUGAAGCUCUUUCAUAUGGAAAACUCUGCACACUUGGCAGCUACCAUCCCGAGGUCUCGCUGGAGGAGGCGGGAAUGAAUGAAUCUUUGAUCUUCAGUCGCCGUCGGGAUAGGAUUUAUGACUGGAUGCGAACGAGAAAGUCUUCCUUUUGGGUCUUACUUUUGGUUUCUAUCUUUCUUGUCUGGUCUUUUUGGUCAUUUUCGUCUUGAUCCAUGGAUGUGACUGUGUGCCUUGUUGCCUUAUAUAUCAGGCAGAAAUGCUCCACCAAUCAUGUUGGAGUUGAUGAUUUUCACGUGAAAACACCUCCUGGUGUCCGAAAAUAGAAAAAUGCCGGGGAAAAGAAACAAGAAACAGCGACGAAGACAACACCUUG